AUGGGCGCAGCUGGGUGUAGUUGCGGCGACAAGGAGGUCUCGAAAGCUCAGCUUUUGCUGAAAGAGACUUUGGGUCAACUGGCGAAGAAUGACCUCUCUCUUUUGGAUCUCACCGGUCACUCCUUGGGAGAUACAGGAGCUAUUGUGCUUGCAGAUGCCCUCAAGGGCAACUCCUCUUUGCGCACCCUUUGCUUACGCUGGAAUUCGAUCCAGGAGCGGGGUGCUUCAGCUCUAGCCCUUGCUUUGCAAGGCACUCGUCUCAACAGCCUAGACACUUAUUGCAACUCCUUUGGCAAUGGUGGCGUUCAACAUUUGGCCAAGGCACUCCAGGGCAAUCGAUCGCUGCAUCACUUGGACCUGGGCUGGAACUCUAUCGGUGAUCAUGGAGCAGCAGACUUAGCAGAGCUCCUUGCCAAGAACACAUACCUCUCAGAUCUUGGCCUUGAACGGAACUUCGUGGGCGACCUCGGAGCCCAGAAGCUGGCGGCCGCGCUGCAAGUGAACCGAAGUCUUCUCAAGCUUCGAUUAAAUGGCAACCCUUUGGGAGAGGCGGGAACGAAUGGAACGAUUCCGGGACCUUGUCGGGGUUGGAGAGGAAAAGUGGCUUGA